CAAUCAGGCCAGCAAUGCAUCACUUCUUUUCCAUGAUGUUUUCACUGCUAGCCAUUAUUGGGCAUGUGAGCGGUCGGCCUGCAGAAAGUCGUUCUGAGCGGAGCAUCAACCAAUAUUACAGAUCUGAGCUGAGGGUGUCGAAUGGAGGGAACUGGGGAUCAUGGGGAUAUAAGAGCAUGUGUCCAAGUGGAUGGUACGCCGCAGGGUUUAGUCUGAAGGUGGAAAGACCAAUUGAUGGUGAUGAUACAGCGCUCAAUGGGAUUCGUCUUUAUUGUGUCUAUCUGUACGAAGAAUCAUAUCACUACACCUCAACUGAGUCCGAUGUAGGAAGCUGGGGUGAGUGGACAAAUAUCAAAUGGUGUCCUUCUGGAUACUUGACAGCUUUCCAGCUGAAAGUUGAAUCUCCCCUAGGAAAUGGAGAUGAUACGGCCGCAAACAACAUCAAGUUCUACUGCACUGGAGGUGAUGUGCUGGAGGGCGACAGCACAAACUGGGGCGACUGGGGUGACUGGAGUCCAAUCUGUAUGGGAAGAGGAAUCUGUGGCCUUAGUACACGGAUAGAAAAGCCACAGGGAAGAGGAGACGACACCGCUCUCAAUGAUGUGAUCAUGUUCUGCUGUGAUUAAGGUGUAGGAGGAUGACAACAAGAACAGCAAGAAGAUCAAAUGGAUGGUAAUUAUUGAGCAUCAUACUAUGAUAAACUAACAUGAACCAUGUCAUACAA